AUGCAAGCACAUUUUGCACCACCUCUUCAACUAAAAGGAUUUAAAGAAGCAGCUGAAAUGUCAUCAAAUAAUAUUAAUUUAACAUCAGUGGAUGAACAUUUAAAAAUUCGUGAAGUUAUUGAUAUUAUUACUGAAUUUGCUGAAGAUGAAAUAAUUAUGCGACAAGAAUUAGAAAAAACUAUGGCAUUAUUAGUUUUUGAUAAACCAUGA